AAAAUUCUAAAUUUAUUCCUUUCGAUCAACAUAAAUUAAAAAUUUUGGUAAAAAUGGGCUAUUUUAGCAGCCUGAAGCAGAAAAUCCAGGGGCCUUUUAAGAAGGAGGACACAUCCGAAGAAAAGGUCAAUCCCCCUCAAAGAAAUAAUCUUGGCGAGCAGAUACGACUAAUGGUGCACUCAAAACCCUUUGAAAGUGCCUACAAUUCCGCUGCCCCAUUUCUUUUCGCCAGUUUGGGGGCGUGGCCGGGAUAUUGGCUUUUUCGGGGAAUGGAUUAUCAUGUACAUCGUUCACAUGUUCCAUUGGCCAUCUAUAUAAGACAGACCUACUAUCAAGCCAAAGUAGUGCAGUUACUCAUUAUUUUGGCCGGCACUUAUACAGUAUUCCGAAAUAACAAUCGCUUGCGAUUGAUGAACACAAAUGGCGUUGUGGAUUCUUAGAACCAUGAAAAAAAUAUCUAUGGAUGCUAAAAAAGGUCAAGAAACACCUCCCUGGAAAUACGGAAGCUGAACUUUUAAUUUGCUAAACACAAUUUGAAUAUAAAUCAAUGAUAAUUUCCUA